UUCCCAGAUGAGCCUUUUUCGAACCGAAGCUGGUGAGGUUCGUUAACAACUUAAAAUGAUUUUUCUUUUAGUAAUACCGUUAAUUUUCCUAAAAUGUCAACUAUUUUAAAUUUUUUAAGGUCCUUAUGCGAUUUCUUACAAAAGGUAAAAGAUGUAACCUUCCCUUUAAUUGUCAAUGGCAAAAGACCUAGAAGGAGUAUAGUUAGAUUUAUAGGAACUAAUUUGCCUAUCCCUAGCCCACCUAGAGUAUAUAUCUAUGUGCCACCAUGGAGGACCCUCGACAAGAAAUUAUCACAGACUACGAUCCAAAGUGAUAUUUCAUCAUUAUCAAUAGAUGAUAAUUCUUCAAGAGAGGAAAAUGAAAUUCCUUGUGAUUGUUCUGAUAUCAGUUGUAUGCAUGAAACUAAGCUGACACAACUGCAGAAUGAAUUAAAAGAGUUACGGGAACAAGUAGCGUCUAUUUUACUUAAACAAAAUUCAUCCACCUCUUCUCAAGCUGAUGAGAAGCCUGCGCCUGCACUACCCCCACCUCCUCCUCCUCCUCUUCCGCCACCUUUUGAUAUAUCUUCACCUUUUGUCACUCCUAAGCGCAAACCACUUACUACAAGAAAUGAUAACGUCAGUAAUAACAAUCCACUAGGUGAUGUUCUGAAAGAGAUUAAGAAUGGACCUCCAAAACUAAAGCCCAUUGAAAGGUCUCCUGGAGGAAGGCCUAUCAAGAGACCGAAGAUCUUAAGUGAUCCCUCUGACAUCCUCACCGAGGUACUGAAGAAGAGAUUUAUUGCUGUUCACUUCUCUUCUGAUACUAACGAUUCUGACACAUCCUCUCUGCCGGAUGGUUUUUCACAAUCAGAUUGGAACAGCUGAAUGCCUUAUUCAUGAUUUCAAAUACCCUCUUUCAGCGUCUUCCCCAUUCUAGUUACCUUCUUAGACUUUUAAUUACUUUAAGUAGUAAUGUAAUUUUAUUAUUUACUUUUAAUAAAGGCUGUUAUAUUUGUAAUUACUAAAUGUCUGUAAAUUUUUAUUCUCUUUUUACUUUUCAUAAUAUCAUAAAGAGUUUGAAAAUAUUUUUGAUAAAUGUUAUUGGCUAGUCCUUCAUUGAUGGUGGUUAAAUAAUCGUUUGGUUGGUGCCUUUAUAAAUUAUUUUUUUAAAUGACGUAUGAUUAGAAAAUAAAUUUUGACCCAAAUUAUUGGUGUUCUAAUGUGUAGCAUAUACUUGUGAUUACAACAUUAAAAUACUUCAUAUAUAUUUUCUUACUGAAAAAUAUCUUUUAACUUUUCUUUUUUUGAGGGAGAAUAUUAUUUUUUUAAAAUGUUUGUUUGAGAACUUUAUUCUUUCUCUAAAAUAGACUACGCAUAAGUGUAUUUUACAAUUAUUGUUAUUAUAUUGAAAGUAUUGUUCAUCAAUAACAGCCAAGAUAAUUAUGUAUACCAUUAUUCUUUGUAUUAACAAAAUUAUAUUUAAUUUAUUUAUUUAAAUGUAUUUUGAUUUGAAUAUAUGUUUGAAGAUACCAGUAGAGAUAAUUAGAGAAGAAAUCAUACUAUAAAAUAGGAAAACUUCACACCAUGGGGAGAUAAUAUUACUCCAAAACUAGAAUCACUUUUUGUUUCCACCUUCUAGAUUUUUUUUUUUUGAUUUCUUUUUUGUUUUAUAGAGAACUGAUUUCCAAUUUCACAAAGAAGCCAUUCCCAGGUUUUAUCAUUUUAUUCAUUUUUGAUUGAUGAUCCCUUGAUCAUCAAAGGAAUUAUUCAAGUUUUGGAGUAAUGUUAUCUUUGAGGUGUAAAGUAUCUGUUUUAUAUGGUAUAUGUUGGUGCAAUCACUUUUUUUCUUUUUUUAAUCAGCUAGGCAUUGGUACUUUUUUGUUAUCUCUUUAUUAUGUUCACAUUAUUUUAUUAGACAACAAAUUUAUUUUAUUUUAAUAUGUUUACAGACUCCAAAUCACUGAUUCAUCACAAGUUCUUUGCAUAAUAAAAUUAUUUCAAAGCAGCA